GCCUGGGUCUUGGGCUGUGGGCCAGCAGGGGCAGGAGUCCGAGGUGCGGGACUUUGUCCCGAGGCGGCGCUGACGGCUCCCGGAAGCUCUUUCCCAUUUCCUUUCCUUUCCCCCCGUCUUCUCAGUGUGAUUUCCUUGACUCCACUUUUUGCAAAGACUGAGUUUGCCUCAGCAUCCACAAACUCUUCACCUCAGAUUGGUUCCUGUGUGUUUUCUGUUUGCAAGUCAGUGGGAGUUAAGCAUAUACCAGCUGAAAAGCCAGAUAAGGAAAUGCAUUCUUUCUCCCAGCAGUUCUAAGUUAACUUGACCAAAGCCAGUUUUUCUGUUGGCUUGGGCAGCAAAGUGAAAAGAGAAUGCUCCACUUGAAGCAGUGUCAGCAUCUGAAACAUAUAACUCAGAAAUGCUUGUCUUGCAUCCAUGUGAAAACAGAUAAACAUCCACAGCUAUUUCUUUCAAGAACCUUUGCGCUUGCGAAAUUAAGGAAGUCAUGGCAUUCCAUCUACUCUCUUGUUGGAGACAAAAAUAUUAUCCUGAUGGGACCUCCUGGUGCUGGGAAAACAACAGUAGGCAGAAUAAUAGGCCAGAAACUGGGUUGUUGUGUCAUCGAUGUGGAUGAUGAUAUCCUUGAAAAAACCUGGAAUAUGAGUGUGUCUGAAAAAUUGCAGGAUGUUGGUAAUGAGCAAUUUUUAGAAGAGGAAGGAAAAGCCGUGUUAAACUUCUCUGCAUCUGGAAGUGUGAUUUCCCUUACUGGGUCCAACCCAAUGCAUGAUGCUAGCAUGUGGCAUCUAAAGAAAAAUGGAAUAAUUGUUUAUCUGGAUGUACCUCUACUAGAUAUAGUCAGUCGUCUAAAAUUAAUGAAAACAGAUAGGAUUGUAGGUCAGAAUUCUGGAACCUCUGUGAAAGACUUACUUAAAUUUAGAAGACAGUACUAUAAGAAGUGGUAUGAUACUCGUGUUUUUUGUGAAAGUGGGGCUUCCCCAGAGGAGGUAGCCAACAAAGUGCUGAGUGCAGUUAAAAGAUACCAAGAUGUGGAUUCAGAAACAUUCAUUUCCACAAGACACAUUUGGCCUAAAGACUGUGAACAGAAAGCUCCAAUGAAAUUCUUUAGUGAAGCUGUGAUUGAGGGGUUAGCUUCUGAUGGUGGACUUUUUGUUCCUGAGAAGGAGUUUCCAAAGUUAAACUGUGGGGAGUGGAAAAGCCUGGUAGGAGCAACAUACAUAGAAAGAGCACAGAUACUUCUGGAAAAAUGUAUACAUCCUGCUGACAUACCUGCUGCCAGGCUGGGAGAAAUGAUUGAAACUGCUUAUGGGGAAAACUUUGCCUGCUCAAAAAUCGCCCCUGUCAGGCACCUGUCAGGCAACCAGUUCAUCCUGGAGUUGUUUCAUGGACCAACAGGAUCAUUUAAAGAUCUGUCUUUACAGCUCAUGCCCCAUCUUUUUGCACACUGUAUUCCACCAAGUUGCAAUUUUAUGAUACUUGUAGCCACCUCAGGAGACACUGGAAGUGCAGUCUUAAAUGGCUUUAGUCGUCUUAAGAAGAAUGACAAGCAGAGAAUAGCCGUGGCCACAUUUUUUCCUGAAGACGGAGUCAGCGAUUUUCAAAAAGCACAAAUAAUUGGCAGUCAGAACGAAAAUGGAUGGGCAGUAGGUGUCAAAUCAGAUUUUGAUUUCUGCCAGACGUCUAUAAAAAGAAUUUUUCAAGAUUCUGAUUUUACUGGCUUUCUUGCUGUGGAAUAUGGAACCGUCUUAAGUUCAGCUAAUUCCAUAAACUGGGGCCGACUACUUCCCCAAGUAGUUUAUCAUGCUUCUGCAUACCUUGAUCUCGUUAGCCAAGGAUUUAUUUCUUUUGGAAGCCCAGUUGAUGUGUGUAUUCCCACAGGAAACUUUGGUAACAUUUUAGCAGCAGUGUAUGCCAAAACCAUGGGAGUCCCUAUUCGAAAAUUUAUCUGUGCUUCUAAUCAGAACCAUGUUUUGACUGAUUUUAUAAAAACAGGACAUUAUGAUAUAAGGGAAAGAAAACUAGCACAGACCUUUUCACCAGCAAUUGAUAUCCUCAAAUCUUCAAACCUGGAACGACAUUUACACCUGAUGGCUAAUAAAGAUGGACAGUUAAUGAGAAGACUGUUUAAUCAACUAGAAGAGGAGCAUCACUUCCAGAUAGAGAAGAUCCUAGUUGAGAAACUUCAGCAGGAUUUCGUGGCCGACUGGUGCUCUGAGGGAGAGUGCCUGGCAGCGAUUCACUCCACCUACAACACUUCGGGGUACAUUUUGGACCCACACACUGCUAUUGCGAAAGUAGUUGCAGACAGAAUGCAAGACAAAACUUGCCCAGUGAUCGUCUCCUCUACAGCUCAUUACUCCAAGUUUGCACCUGCUAUCAUGCAGGCUUUAAAGAUCGGAGAAAUCAACCAGACUUCAUCAAGUCAGGUUUACUUACUAAGUUCAUACAAUGCCUUACCUCCACCGCACGAGGCUUUACUAGAGAGAACAAAACAGCAGGAGAAGGUGGAGCACCAGGUCUGUGCAGCUGAUGUGAAUGUCCUGAAGAAUCACGUGGAAAAACUUGUACAAAAUCAAUUCAUAUAAAAGUUUUCCGAGUAAAAGAAAAAUUCUGGUGAAAAGCGUGCAGUAAUAAAUCACAAAAGUUGAUUUUGAGUACAAAUAACAUUUUGUUUUUUAUGUAAAUAUGUAUGUCUAUAUAUAGAUGUUAUCUUUUGGAAUUUCAAUAGCCUCGUCUCUAGGUCUGUCCAUUGUCCCUGCACAUGCUCCUUGGAUCCUUAAUCUAGAAGUGACAGAAAGUAGCAUAAUGCAUGGACCCUUGUGCUGUGUUCUGCACCCAUGAGGGAUAUAUCAGUUUCUCCUCCUUCACCCCCACUUUUAAAGGACCAAAAUGUCUGGUACUCUGACACUUAAAAUAUUUCAGCAUAGUUGUAACAUAGUAUAUCUGUAACCAUUAUUCUUUAUUGACUAGAAAGAUAAUUUGCACUCUAAUGGUUAACUUAUUUGGAAGAAGUAGUAAGCUCAUCUAUUAAGAAAUGGCUGGCAUUUUUUACUCUCCUCAGAUUCCAUUUUGGACUAUAAUUAAUUAAGUGGAUCCUACACCAUCUGGAUUAGAUAAGUGUUCCAGCUUUCACUCCCCUUGGGGUGUGUAUAGUUAAGGUGAUGUAGUUUGAAAAUCAAGACACAAGAUUUAAAUCUGAUGUGAUCAUCAACAGAACUACCUAUAGUAGAUAUAGAAAUAAAAUUACAUAUCUGUUUCAAGAGAAAAGCUUUCCAAACUUCAGAGUAUUUGAAUAGUCUUAAGAGAAGUGUGGUUAUAGUUAUAGCAGUUUUCUUGUAUUAUUUGAACUCUAUUCCUAUAUAAUUUGUCUGUUGUCUUUUUUUUCAGUGAACAUUGUCUUUUUUGGCAGUUAAAACCACAUGCAAUUGAUGCACAUAUUUAGUGUUUCCUUUGUAGUAACAAUCCAUUAUAAUCAUGGUUUCCAUUUGUGAAUUUCUUGGAUGUUUUAUUUCUGAAUUAAAAGAUUGUCAUUGAAAGGACCUGUUAGUGUAAUGGACUACUCUCAACCACAAGAUGGCAUUCCUAACAUAAUUUGUCUUUGCUGAUAACAUUCUGCUUCAUUUUCUGGGAGAACUGCCUCCAUAAAGAAACAUGUUGCAGGUUGUCAAGAAAAAAAUUGUAAAAGUUUAAUGAGCAGAAAUGAUUUGUUUAAAAUUUUAAAAAAUUAAACCAACUAUGUUAACUUUGGAUCUCCAGCUUCUAAAAAGUACAUUCUAAAACCAAAACUUGAAAACCAAGAGCAGUUACAAGAAAAUAAUGGAGGAUUCAAAGUUCACUUAUUCAUGUAUGUCUUAGUUAUUUUAUCAUAUUUUUUUAAGGAUAAGUGUUUCAGUAGCCGAUAUGUUUAGAAACUACAUGUAAAUUUUCCUGUGUGUAUGAAAAUGCACUAUUUUUCUGAAAGUGGGACGGACAGUUUUGUUUUGUUUUUAAAAGACAUGAUUUUUGCCCACAAGACUGUAGUGAAGGAGACAACGUGUAAAAUUGAAUCAGGUUCAACAUAGAAGUUAAAGCAAGACAGUUCAUGAGAAAGUAAAAAGUAAGGGAUAUAGUCAAGAGCUGUCAGAUUACCAUGGGCCAAUCAGAAAAGGCGUCACAGAAGACACAAGCUGCAGUGAGUCCUGAAGGAUGGCAAGAUUUUCUAGGUGAAAAGGAAGGGGAAGUACAUUCUAGGCAGACAAGGGAAAUAGUUACAGUGAGUUGUUCAAGAGAGCACAUUCCUUUAUCUCCAUUUGGUUUGUUCUCAUUUCAUGCUUUCACUUUUUCUUAAUACCAAGUCUAGCCCUUCCCUCUCAGCUAAUGACCUUGCCUCAGUCAAGAGGAAAUAAGCCAUCAGUGAACACAUGGCUUCCUAUCACCAAGUGUCUGAAUCUGCUAUGCUUGUUUGUCUCCUCUCCUGCUCCCCCUGGAUUGAAUUGGGUGAUAUUCCUUCAGGAGUGUCUUGGGUUCUGUUCCUGUUGGAAUACUUCCGUCACUUGCUUCAUCAGCUAUCUCCUCUAGUGCUGCUUCAGCUUCUCCCCUCUGAUGGGACCUUUUCACAUCUUAAAAAGUAUAAGAGCAAAACAAGUCAACAGCCACAUUCCCCCACCAUCUACUCUUUUACUUAUGUUCCGUUCAAGACCCAGCCUCUUUGAAAAGAGUUGUCUACGUGUGUGGUCUCCACUUCUUGCCUCUCAUGUUCUCCAGAAUGUGUAAAGUACAUGUACUGUUCAGGGAGGAGUAAUAAAACAGAACACACAUGUGCUGCUCCCCACUUUGCUUUAAGAGUGGAACAUACCUCAUGUUUGACACCUUCUGUGGCUCCUGUUUGAUUACCUUCGCUUCUCUCCCUCAGAAGUAACCACUAUGCUAAAUUUUCUCUUUAUCAUUUCCUUGUUUGUAUGUACAGUUUUGCCUCUUUUUAAAUUUUAUGUAAAUGGAAUCAUACUAUACAUAUUAUUCCAUGACUCUUUUAUUCAAUAAUUUAAAAAUUUAACCAUGCAGAUGACAGAAGGCAGAGUUCAUUAAUUUUAAUUACUGUAUAAUCUAUAGAAUGAAUGCCACAGUCUAUCCAUUUAUGUUAGUGGACAUUUAAAUGGUCUAAUAUUUAUCUGUACUUGCAUCCGAUAGGUAUAUUGUUUCAUAAAAUUUGUAUUGAAGGCUAGUGAAAAUGAACUUCCAAACAUCUGUGAUUCUGUCUAAUGGUAUAUAAAAUGUAUUUCAUAUCUUAGCUGUAUUAAAAUAAAAAUGUGUGGUUUGUUUAUAAUAUGAAAAAUUAUCAGUUCUUGAGCAAUGGUUGUAAUUUCUUGCUUCUCCAAUCUUUGAAAUUAUUUUACGGUGUCAAAAAUGUGAAUUUAUAAGAUUUUUAAGAAAAAAGAAAUGAGAUUUUUAAUUGGAUAUCAGUGAAAAUAGCAAAAAUUUUUUUCAUCAAAAUAGAGUUUAGGAGGUAAUAAAUUGUUCUGUUUGAAGUUUUUGUUAGAUUUUAAUAGCAAUUCACUUCCAAAAACGAUCAUGGCGAAUACUGUUUCUCUCAAUCCAUUAGAUCAUUUAAACAUUUUGUAAUUCAGACUACUUAAACAUUAAGAAAAAAAGUAGCUGUUUUCACAUGAGCCUCAAACUCGUGGGAACAUAAAUAAUAGAGUUUUGUGUAGGAAGAUGAUUAAAGCCUGAUGAUUAAAACCUGUGUAUGAAAUAGUUACUGGUGUGGGCCCUGCCUGUGUACUCCAGCCACUCUUUGAAACUUUAAAAACUUAAAAAACAAACAGCCUCCUUUAAAAUCAGAGGUAGAAUAAGCUCCUCUGGUUCAAAGAAAGCAAAGUCAAGCAAAUUGUUGUGUUAUGGAGAAGGGACCUGUCAAACACAGGAAACCAAACCAACAUCAUGUACAGCAGUUCUCUGCUCAGUUGGCAAGAUUUAGACCAGAGGCCUGUAUCAAAAAGUUGUUUGCUUCCUACAGAAGGUGUAUUACUCAGUUCAGCUAUUUUUCUAUCUAAACUCUUUAUUGCUGUCUGAAUUCUUAGGUCUUUAUUUCAGUGGUGGUAACAAUUGUCUUGAGCUGAGGUUCCAUGUUCAGAUGUGGCGCUACUUGUUCAGUUAUUAUCAUAGACAUUAUUGGGAUUGUAAUGGCCUAUACAAUGCAGGGUUGCUAAUGGCAUGUUUAGUUUCACUUACAAAUAUUAGGAGGGUUUGUAAUUUUAAAUUACUUAAAUCCACAAGGGGCUAUUUUAAAUCAAUUCUUAUAUUUGGUGAUGGAGCCCUGAAAUCAUUUGUUUUGAAUUUUAUUUACAAGGCUCAAAUCAAAUAGUUGAAGUUUUCAGAAAAUAAUUUUACUUGCUCUUGAUGCUACCUUUAUUUUCUGGAACUCUCUCCAGAAAUUUUUAAAUAUAAUUGGCUGACAUUAGGAAAAGGAGUACAUCAAAGGCUGUAUGUUGUCACCCUGCUUACUUAACUUAUAUGCAGAGUACAUCAUGAGAAACACUGAGCUGGAAGAAGCACAAGCUGGAAUCAAGAUUGCCGGGAUAAAUAUCAAUAACCUCAGAUAUGCAGAUGACACCACCCUAUGACAGAAAGUGAAGAAGAACUAAAGAGCCUCUUGAUGAAAGUGAAAGAGGAGAGUUAAAAAGUUGGCUUAAAACUCAACAUUCAGAAAACUAAGAUCAUGGCAUCUGGUCCCAUCACUUUAUGGCAAAUAGAUGGGGAAACAGUGGACACAGUGACUGACUUUAUUUUCCGGGGCUUCAAAAUCACAGCAGAUGCUGAUUGCAGCCAUGAAAUUAAAAGACAUUUACUCCUUGGAAGGAAAGUUAUGAUCAACCUAGACAGCAUAUUAAAAAGCAGAGACAUUACUUUGUCAACAAAGGUCCAUCUAGUCAAGGCUAUGGUUUUUCCAGUAGUCAUGUAUGGAUGUGAGAGUUGGACUAUAAGGAAAGCUGAGCGCCAAAGAAUUGAUGCUUUUGAACUGUGGUGUUGAAGAAGACUCUUGAGAGUCCCUUGGACUGCAAGGAGAUCCAACCAGUCCAUCCUAAAGGAGACCAGUCUUGGGUAUUCAUUGGAAGGACUGAUGUUGAAGCUGAAACUCCAAUACUUGGGUCACCUGAUGCAAAGAGCUGACUCAUUUGAAAAAACCCUGAUGCUGCAAAAGAUUGAGGACAGGAGGAGAAGGGGAUGACAGAAGAUGAGAUGGCUGGAUGGCAUCACUGACUCAAUGGACAUGAGUUUGGGUGAACUCCGGGAGUUGGUGGUGGACAGGGAGGCCUGGCGUGCUGCAGUUCAUGGAGUAGCAAAGAGCUGGACACAACUGAAGGACUGAACUGACUGACUGACAUAAUAUUUAAACAACUGCCAAAUCAGGGUGGGUCAUUACCAGAAAAUACAUCAUUUCUUGUAAAUUUCA